CCAUUAGUUUCUCCCUGUGGCUAAACGGUGUUUACCAAAACAAACGGUACGAAGGAUUGUGAAGUGCGCCGGACCUGCCGUACGCCUGUCGAUAAGCAAAUAUCCUGAGGAAGCGGAGUGCAUUUCAUAGCCGCUUUCUGGUGGAGGUAUCGCUAAAUUCGCUUAGUCACCAGCGUUUGUAGUGUGCGGAUAGUGGACGCUGCUGGCCGGCAGAAAUCGACAGCUUUAGAUAAACAUUAAGCAGUGUUGAAGUGCUGCCCUGAAAUGUGAUUCCCCGCGGGCACGAGAUGCGGCAGUAAUUUCAUCUGCACGAGUAUUCCAGCGGCGAUGAGUCAUCCUGCGCCGCAGCUUUAUCCCGUCAGUCCACCCGAAUGCACACGAAAUACCGCAGUUUGCUAAGGACAGGCUACAACUGCGCAGCGUAGUAGCACGGGCCAACGUAGCGGCCUUGCGAGGUUACUUUUUCUUUGGUUGAGUUUCGAUUUGUUUUCGGUUUCCCCGCUCUACUGUUUUGUUUCCACCAUCGCCACGAGCGCACACACAUCGAGCACGCACCAUGUCGAACCUGUAUUUGCUUCCCAUCUCGGUGUUUCUCCUGUUCAACUUUACUUUUAUCGGAACCUACAUUGCCGCAGUGCUGCAGGGCCAUGUCGUACCGACCGUGCCAUACAUCAGCGACGCGGCCACCUACUCCCCCGAAAGCUGCGUCUUUGGCCAGUUUAUCAACAUAGGAUGUGUACUGCUUGGUAUCACGAUCUACGUGCGAUAUCGACAGAUACAGGAAAUAUCCUACCGGCACAGUGACGUGCGUCAGGCACUUGGUCGCUGCAGCGGGGCUGCCUUCUGGAUUGGCAUCGGUUCCUGCCUCGGCAUCAGCAUCGUCGGCAACUUCCAGGAAACGAAUGUGCGCAUCGUCCACUAUGUUGGCGCGUUUUUGAGCUUCGGGCUCGGCACGGUGUACUUCUGGAUUCAGUCGUACAUAUCCUACUAUAUCCAGCCGUACAUGGGCUCGAUGCAGAAGGCGAACCUGCGCCUGGUGCUGUCGGUGAUCUGCACCAUUUUCUUCAUCAUGGUCGCCGUAACGGGCGUCAUUUCGCACGUGCUGUUCAACGGAACCGAUCCGCGCAAGUGGUACCCGUCGGACGGCGGCUGGGAGUACCACGUGGCCAGCUCGAUCUCGGAGUGGAUCGUUGCCACCACCUUCUGCUUCUACGUGCUCACGUUUACCGACGAAUUUCGUACGAUGCGCUUCGACCAUCCGCCGCUCAUACUGCUCGAAAUCGAAUCAUCACGCUCGUACGAACCGAUCAUCAACGAGCCGUCGGUUGCUGUUAUCUCGUGAUUUGAAUCGCCUUGCGAUGGAUAUGGUGACGGUGACAAAAGGCAAGAUACUGACAACGAGCAACCCAUAGCACCAUUACGUAGCAGCAUUAGCAGCAGCAGCAUCAGCAGCAGCAACAGCGAAAGGCAACAAGAACUCGACGGCCCCCAGCGGAAGCGAACGCUCAGUGAAACUGAUCUCAACUCUCACCGGCCACCGGGGGGCAGUGUCGUGCCGACCGCGUCCUUGGCCCGAUCGCGACCGACCGGACGUCCCGGAGUCAUCGCCGGCCCUCCGGUGGUUCUGUUGCGUGCACUCACGGAACCGCGUGUCCAGCAGCGACCGACCGAGAACGUGUCCAGACAGCGUUCCGAUGGCCAGAAGUUGGCCUCCCUGUCGCUCUCGCUGAUGCUCGUUGCCCUGCUGGAGGCGUUGCACUCACUGACCGCCUACCUUAGUGACAGCUUGCGCCAAAGCUACAUCUGAUCCCGCCAUUUUUCCCCGCAUAUCAUAUUCGGUGCGUUUCUAUUCUCGUCCAUUUCGGACGAGCCGUUUGUUUUCUUUUCCCCCCUUUCUGGAGACAAAUUCUAUUUAUCGGGUCAGAUUAUUUAAGGCUUUAUUUCCUAUAGGUAUAUAUCAUUGCACUUUACACCGAUCGGUUAUCGAUCAUUUCUUUUUCGGUACCUUUCGUUUACUUUCUUAGGAAUUAAAACUAAUCUUCUAGGUGGAAGAAAAAAAA